AUGAUCAAAAUAACAUUUUUGCUUUGCCUAAUUACUUUUGCUUUUGCUAGUGAUUUUACAAGCUUAAAAUAUUAAUCCUAGAAGAGAUCUUCUAAACUUAACUAAAUUUGGGGUGAGGUGACAAAAAAUACUUCAUCUGCUAAAUUUCCUUCUCCUGUAGGUCUUUUACUUGAAUCUAUGAGCCCUACUCUUGACCAUGUUGCAGACUAAUUACCUGAAGGGAGAAGUAAAAAGGUUCAUUCAGUUGGAUCUGUUGCAAAAGCUGAGUUUAUUGCUGAAAAAAACUUUUAUACGGGUUUCUUUUAAGGUGCUGAUUCGUUAAUUAUAAGAUUUUCAUUAGCUAAAGAACCCGAUUAUACACAUAAAUAAUCUAUAGAUGCCCAUGAUAAUUUUGUUCCUGGAAUAGCUCUCAAGUUUUUAAUUGAUGGAUAACCUUCAGCCAAUCUUUUUGCUAUGCAUGGAGUUAAUGGAGUUUAUUCUUAUAACUUCUUUGAUUUAGAUUUUAAUAAUCAUAUUCCUUAACCUGAAGGUUUAUAGUUGAAAGUUGUAGCUGAUAAAUUUUCUACAGGCACUAAGAUUGUUUAAUUCUUAGGAUUAAGAAAAUUCUCUGAGCAUACAUAAGAUGGAAAGCCUGUUCCUAAUCCUAACUUCCCCUACAUGUUAACCUUUAAGCCUUACCAAUAUGUAAAAGAUUUCUUUACCCCUGACUAUACAGAAGAUUACAAAGAAAUUCUAAAAAAAAUUCCUUCUGGAACUUUACUUUUUGAAGUUUAUGCAACUCUUAGCCCUACUUAAACAUGCAAAUAGAAAAUUGGAGACAUAAGAACAACCUCUGAAAUUACUCCAAGCUAUUUUGGAGACACCGAGCUUUUCUUUUAACACCAAGACUUUACUCAUGAUCUUGAAGUCCAUCCUGAAUGGGAGCCAUACACUCCUUACUGGAAUUUGAUUGGUAACAAAUCAGCUAAAUAAAAGGAAUCAAAGUGUCCAUUUUCAAAUUUGUUUAUUUGA